UCCAGCCCUGGUUGGUGGAGAGCGACUGCAGCAAGGGCUCCACACCGUUCCAGCUUCCCUGUCAUGGCAUCCAACAGCAUCUUUGACUCCUUCUCCAACUACAGCAGCAGUCUACUCAGAGAGCCGCCCACCACCAGACGGUUCACGCCGCCCUCCACGUCCUUCCCCUGCAGUAAGAUUGGAGACGGCAACGGGGCCAUGGCCACCCCGGGGCCCCUCAGGUCAAGACCGGACACCAGGAACGUGGUGGACGUCCUGGCGGAUCACGCCGGCGAGCUGGUCCGGACUGACAGCCCCAACUUCCUCUGCUCCGUCCUCCCGUCUCACUGGAGGUGCAACAAGACGCUACCCGUGGCUUUCAAGGUCGUGGCUCUCGGGGAUGUCCCCGACGGGACUCUGGUCACCGUGAUGGCCGGGAAUGACGAGAACUACUCGGCCGAGCUGAGGAACGCUUCUGCCGUGAUGAAGAACCAAGUGGCCCGCUUCAACGACCUGCGCUUCGUGGGCAGGAGCGGACGAGGAAAGAGCUUCACUCUGACCAUCACCGUGUUCACCGGACCGCCACAAGUGGCCACCUACCACCGCGCCAUCAAAGUCACCGUGGAUGGACCCCGAGAACCGCGCAGGCACAGAGUGAAGAUAGAAGACCCCCAGAAGAUGCAGUUCUCGGACAGGCUGUCAGAGAUCGAGCGCUACCAGCGGAAUAUGCGAAUAGGCCCAGUGAACAAUAAUCCCCGUCCCAUCCACCAAACCCACCUCAGCGCACAAGCCCUGUGGCAGGAUCAAAUGGACACCCCCGCUCUGAAGACAUGCAAGGUGGAGGAGGACCUCCGACCAUGGCCAGGGACUUCAGAUCUCUUUCAACAGAGGACCAGCUUCCCGUCUCUGUCGCCACUGACUGACCCUCGCUUCUCAGACCCCCGCAUGCACUACCCCGGGGCCUUCCCCUACUCUGCCAACACCUCCAGCACUGGCAUCAGUGGCCUCAGCAUGUCAGCCUCUUCUAGAUACCACACCUACCUGCCACCCCCCUACUCAAACAACCAGUCCCAGAAUUUCCAGUCCAACUCCUACCUGUAUUACGGCACAGGUUCUGGAUCUUACCAGUUCUCCAUGGUGGCGCCGGGAAACACCGGGGGCGAGCGUUCCCCCACCCGCCUGCUGUCCUGCUCGGGGGCCACGGGCACCGCAGGGACCAACAGCCUGAUGAACCCGGGCCUGAACACCCAGAGUGAGGGUGUGGAGGCCGACGGCAGCCACAGCAACUCCCCCACUGCAAUGAGCUCAGGCCGUUUGGAUGAGUCCGUCUGGAGGCCUUACUGACUGACAGACAGCUAGACAAUCAGAGGGUGUGGGAGAAGCAAGGCAGGAAAUGUAAAGAGGAUGAUGAACAAAAAAAGAUGAACACUGAAAGAAAAAAAACAAAAAAAGAGAAAUGCUGCAUGUUUGUCUUUUUAUUUCUCCAGCACUCGCUUUAAAGAUUUUCUGCGUUUUACCAACUCUCUCAAGACUUCCAUGUAUUUUGUAAAUUUUGAGUAAACUCCUGCACUGUGCUAAAACAUGUACUCUUAAAGGACUAUAAAAGCCAUGUAAGUUGAGAUGACGUUCAGCUGAAACUGUAAAUAGACCUGGGGUAACACCAGAGAAGCCAUAGUGACCUUUCAGGAUCAUUUGUCUGGUGUAAGCAGGUACUCAUGAAAGACAAAAGACAAUGGCGGUCUGAUCAGUACAGUUGACUGAAAAACCACAGCAGACAUGUAUCAGACUGUUCGGACUGAUUCAACUCACUUGCUAUGGUGAGAAGAGCAGUCGGAAUGGAUGUUAGCUCCCUCGAGUGACUCCGACAUCCUCCCCAGGCAUGACUGCACUGCUGUAGCAAUCGUUCCUUUUAAGCUUUAAUUUCUGUAAAAUUUGCAAAGGUACUGUUUCAGUUGUGAUCUUCAGUUGUAUCCAGGGCUGUUUUAUGUGCUCACAGUACUGAUGCAGUCCCUUGUUGCCUAAUUUAUUAUCCAAUUGGACACAUUAGCCUUCGGUGCUACAGUAUGCAGUGGAUGCUUCAACACAAUCGCUGCAUCUUCGAGAGAAAAGCAUUUUAUCUGUCAGGACUCACAUGUUUAAGAAAUGAAUUCUCCUCUGCUGUGU